AUAGAUAAUUUGAGAUGUCUCUGAGACAAAAGUAGUUUAGAAAUUCCACUGAAAAUAAAAAAAUGUGUGAAAAUUAAUUCAUCGUGAAGUAGGUACAUAAAUAAUAGUUUGUUGCCAUAUCCUCGGCCAUACCAAUGAAUAGUUGCUGGACAAUAUUUAUCUUAGUGUGGUACAUAACCUAAUAUCUUUUUCCUGUUGGAAAGUAUACAGGUUUCAGGUUCAGGAUAAAUAAUGAGUAAUAGACAUAAGAGAAGCCCAGGACCUGUACCACCUAGGUGGCUACACUGUCCUAGGAAGUCUGAUGAUCUGAUUAUGGGCAAAUUCAUGGCUCUGAAAACCCCAUUAGGCUCUAAUUUUGAUGACCAAGUGCCACCUGAAUGUAGAUUCCCACCUAAAAUGUUAUUUGAUUACUGCAAAUCAAAAAAGAUUAAAUUUGGCUUGUGGAUAGAUUUGACAAAUACCAGUAGAUUUUAUGACAAAAGAGAAAUAGAAGAAAAUGGUUGUACUUACAUGAAACUGCAGUGUCGUGGACAUGGAGAAACACCUACAAUGGAACAAACCGACAUUUUCAUCCAUAUCGUUCAUAAUUUCAUUACUAAGUACCCACUGAAAUGCAUUGCCGUACAUUGUACACAUGGUUUCAAUCGUACAGGAUUUUUAAUAGUCUCUUAUCUAGUGAAAAAAACUGACUGUAGUCUGGAAGUAGCACUGGACAUGUUUGCUAAAUCUAGACCAGUUGGUAUUUAUAAGGAAGACUACAUUGUAGAGUUGUACAGAAGAUAUAAUAAGUCUGAAGACCCUCCCCCACCACCUGUUCUUCCCGACUGGUGCUUGGAAAGUGAUGAUACAACUGGUAGCAAUAAUCUUGAUGAUUAUGAUGAAGGACCAAAUGAGAGUGCUUCUACUUCAUCAGAUGUCAGCAGAAAUAAUUUAGUUCCGAAAGUGAAGAGGGCGCGAAACAAAAAUACUCCCAAGUUCAUGGAAGGUGUACCGGGUGUUUCUCUAUUUGAAGAACAGCCAAAAGCUUUCCAGCUGCAGAAGAAAGUUCAGGUUAUGUGUGAGUGGAGAAGUAAGGGAUUUCCAGGCAGUCAACCUGUUUCUAUGGACAUUCAAAAUAUUGAAUUAUUGAGUCAGAAACCAUAUCGGGUAUCUUGGAAAGCAGAUGGCAUGAGAUACAUGAUGUUGAUUGAUGGUGAAAAUGAAGUAUUCUUCUUCGAUAGGGACCACAACAUCUUUCAUGUAGAAGGACUCAGAUUUGUACAUAGAAAAGACAUCCGAAGGCAUUUGAAAGACACUCUUUUAGAUGGGGAGAUGGUAAUAGACAAGGUAAAUGGUGAAGACAUACCAAGAUACCUUGCCUAUGACAUAAUCAUCUUCGAAGGGCAACAAGUCGGUAAGUUGCCGUUCCACCCCACUAGGUUACAUUGCUUGGAAAAUGAAAUAAUCAAACCGAGGUAUUUCGCGAUGGAGAACGGUGCUAUAAACAAGUCCCUCGAACCAUUCAGCAUAAGGAAGAAGGACUUCUGGCAGAUAACACAGGCGGCUAGCUUGCUGGGAGAGAAGUUCGCCAAAACGUUAUCGCACGAGCCGGACGGACUGAUUUUCCAACCUGCCAAAGAGCCUUAUAAAGCUGGACGCUGUGAUGAUGUUCUCAAAUGGAAACCUCUAAAUAUGAAUUCUGUAGAUUUUAGACUGAAGAUUAUGAAGGAAGAAGGUGAAGGAAUUGUUUCUCGAAAAAUUUGUCAUCUUUAUGUAGGCCAAAUGACUGCUCCCUUUGCCAAAAUGAAGUAUACAAAAAAUUUGAAGGAUUUGGACAACAAAAUAGUGGAAUGUAAAAUGGAGGAUAACCAGUGGAAGUUCAUGAGAGAAAGAACUGAUAAAUCAUUUCCCAAUAGUUUCGAAACUGCUCAAGCGGUUUUUGGUAGUAUACGAAAACCAAUAUCUAAAACUGGUCUCCUCGAUUAUAUAGAAAGGUUCAGAUUCAACGAUGAUUCCGAAAUCAUGCCGCCUCCAUCGAAAAUCAUAAAAAGAUGAUUGACAUAGGAACAAUUUUAUUUUAAUUUUUAGAUACAAUUAUUAAUUUUCAAUUAUUUAUUCAAUGUUAUUUUUAUAUGAGGUAAUGAAAUAAAGUUAUUCAGUUUCUGUAAAGUCUG